AUUCACUACACUAAAUGUCAAAAUUUCACCGAAACAAAUCAAUCUUGUUUCCACUCUCAAUCCUUUCUUUGCUGAUAUUUUUGUGAGAAUUCUCUAAUUUAGAUAAUGAUAGUGACUUUCGUAGCUGUUUACGAUAGCUCUCGAGUGGAUGAAGCAAGUGUGAACUAGUGUUUUCUAUGUAAACAUGGGUACCUCUGAACUGGACAGCCGAAACAUCGCUAUUUCCAUGAGAAAAUCUGUGGAGAAUCUGGUGAUAUCGUCUCAAGAUGCAAUUGGUCAGAGCAUCAGCCAAGCUCUCAGCUUCUCCGGUGUCAUCACUCAGCAAAACCAGGUCAUUCAGGAGAACAGGAGCGUGUCUCGGUCUCCCUCGCCGUCUCUCCGGAACGCAGACGUCGGCUUGGACCUCUCGGACAAUGACAAGGUUUCGGAGCUAUCCCUUCCUCUGGCGACGCACCCUGACGCUAUCUCCCUGUCCAGCGAGAUCACUAUGGUGUCUGCGGUCACCAGGGUAGACCAGGCUAAGAUAACAGCUGGCCCAGGGCGGGGCUCCGACGGCCGUACCAAGAAAAAGAGUUGGUACAACUCACUGUAUCCCACUUACAAGAGCAAGUCUGAUGAUUUCAAGAGGCUGUUCAAGGAGUUACCUGAUGAUGAGAGGCUUAUAGUGGAUUACUCGUGCGCGCUGCAGAAAGACAUCCUGGCACACGGCCGCCUGUACGCCUCGCAGAACUACUUGUGUUUCUACGCGAGCAUAUUCGGGUGGGAGACUAGUAUGUCGCUUCGUUGGAAAGACGUCACGGCUAUCACAAAGGAGAAGACCGCUUUGGUUAUACCGAACGCGAUACUGGUAUGCACGGAGGGCGAGAAGAAUUUCCUCACGUCGUUCUCGGGGAGGGACAAAGCCUACCUCAUGCUGUUUCGGAUAUGGCAGAACGCACUCAUGGACCAGCCUAUGAGCAGCCAGGAGAUUUGGCAGUGGGUACACCGGUGCUACGGCGAGGAGUUGGGGUUCAAUUCCGACGAUGAGGGUUACUCCCGGGACUUUGUGGACAACCCUAUACUUGCGGUCGACGCGGCUGUAGAGGACGUGUUAGAGUCGUCUAUGGAGGCGGGCGUCAGCGGAUCGGAGACACGACAUGAACGUGCGCACGCGCCGACGUACGCCCGCGACUCAUCCCCACCACUUGUAACUAACGGCUCGGCGUUCGACGAGGAAGCGGGUGACACUCUGCCCACGGACAUGUCCGACUCCAGCGACAGCGAGCCCGAGAAGCACCAGAAUCACGAAAUACACGAAUGCGAGUCCACGUCUCACAAGGAGGGGAAACUACUACUGCAACAGGACUUCCCGUUCACUGUAGACAACAUGUUCACCAUGAUAUUCACCAACUGCAAGUUCAAUCUGGAACUGCUAGCCGCCAGGGGUACGGCCGACUACGUUUAUGCGCCGUGGCAGCCGCAAGGUGGUCUGAAAUGCCGCCAAUGCAAAUACACGCUGAGCAUCGCUUCAGGUCCCAUAGGUCCCAAAGAGGUCCAAGUCACAGAGACGCAGGUAAUGAACAAAUGCUCGAAGCCCGGAGUUCUGUACUCCAUAGACUCGACCAGCGAGAACGCCGGAAUUCCCUACGCGGACUAUUUUACCGUACAAGUGCACUAUUGUCUGAGACGGGUCGCUGACACCACCACUAACUUGUCAAUGUAUGGUCACGUCAAGUACAAGAAGACUAUAUGGAGCGUCAUGAGAAACUUCCUCGAGAAGAACACGAUGUCCGGCCUGGAGGACUACUGCCAGCUGAUCUCGCGGCGGCUCGCGGCGGAGGCCGAGGGCGCCGCGCCCGCCGCCAGGAAGGCGCGGAGGCGGCGCGUCACUGCGUCGUCGCAGGAGAGCGGCGCUGCGGCGGCGGCGCCCCGCGCGGGCCCCGCGCCUCCCCCGCGGCGGGGCUCGGGCUCCGCGCCGGCGCCCGCGCGCUGGCUGCUGGGCGCGCUGCUGCUGCUGCUGGCCCUCAACGCCGCGCUCUACUGGCGGAUGAGCCAGCGCGGCUCGGAUCACAUUCAGCACAGUGAUUACAGGAUAGGAUCCCUGAACGGUGCCCAGAUGGCUGAAUGGUCGAAGAUGCUGCAGCAGCACACGCAGAAACAGCACACGCAGCUGCUCAGCUGGCAGCAGGACAUACACGCUGCGCUUGCGCAUUUACAACAGACAGAAAAAGACAUUAGAAAAUUGCUAGAAACUAUAAAACCGUCGUUGGAACGGAACCAGGGCGACAAGGCGGACGGCCCACACGACGAGCUAUAGACAUUGGGCAGGUACUUACGGUCAAUUAUUGUCGCGGUGUACUUACACAUCUCCGUCCCCGCAGGGGUGGACAGAGCUGAGACUCUGUUGCCUUGAAGAUCGAUAGCCGUGUGUGGUUUACGACAGAAUAAGAAUUCGAUUGUUUUUUGUGUAUUUCGUGAGGGAGAGUGUAGAAUAAAUGCCCUUUUUUGAACUAUGCAUAAAAUAUGUAAAGUAGAUCAGUGUUUACACAUCCGAACUAAAUAAAAAAAUAAAUUGUCCAAAUCUUAAGUCAUUAAAAAAAAUUUAUAAGCAAGUACCGAAUGUACUUACCUACAGAAAGAAAUAUUGAUUUAGAUCAAAACUAACUCUGUCUACCCCGUAACGGACGCGGACGUCACACUGUUACCAUCUCGCGCUCAUACCCACUUAAUUAAUUAAUUUAAAUUCAUUUCGCUGCUGUCAAAUCUGUGAAUGCUCUUUUCAAGGAAAUCCGGAAGGCUUAAUAUUUAUAUUAACGCAUAAUUAAAAGUAAACACCUACUAAAUAUAUACUAUAUAUAUAUAUAUAUUGGGAUUCCUCUUUUAGGCGAUGGGCUAGCAACCUGUCACUAUUUGAAUCUCAAUUCUAUCAUGAAGCCAAACAGCUGAACGUGGCCUAUCAGUCUUUCGGGACUGCUGGCUCUGUCUACCCCGCAAGGGAUAUAGACGUGAUUAUAUGAAUGAAUGACGCAUAUACAAAACGAAUUUCGGCAAAAUUUAGCAUACGGAUAGUAGUAAUAUAUAAAUACGUAAGCGUCAUUAUGUUGUAUUAAUUAUUAUCUAUGAAACUGGAAAUUGGCAAUAAAACAUAUGUUUUACUUAUAAUAAACUUUGUUUAUUGCAAAUCUCAUGGGAACGGUUCAUUAACGGGACGAAAUUGACAAAAAACCAGACAGACAGACGGACGGAAAUAAUUAAAACCACUUUCAUAGAUACCCAUAUCGAUUUCUUGGCAGUAUAUUUCAAGUACAGACGACAUCUGUCAGUUACAAUUUUGUACAUAUAUCUCAUAUGUUGACGGCCUCUGGCGCAGUGGUAGUGCGCUUGUCUGUGACACCGGAGGUCCCGGGUUCGAAUCCCGGCCAGGGCAUGAUGAGAAAAGUUCUUUUUCUCAUUGGCCUGGGACUUGGAUGUUUAUCUUUAUGUAUAUGAGUAUUUAAUAUAAAAUAUAUUAUGGUUGAGUUAGUGUCUCGUAACACAAGACUCGAACUUACUUUGAGGCUUAUUCAAUCUGUGUAAUUUGUCCCGUAUAUAUUUAUUUAUUUAUCUCUAUUUUUUCUGCGAUUUUCUUGAACAGACAUUUAGCUAUUUAUUGUCAGUUUGUAAAACACAACAAAAGGUUUGCAGCAAUUAAUUAAUUGAAAAAUGUUAUGAAUUUAAGAUAUAUUAUCAUAUUUUUACGUCUGAAUGAGGUUUUCAUGUCGUACAUAAUUUUCAAAGGAUGUUUAAUUUGAUGAUUGAAAAAACAGGUUAAAGUAAUAUUGCAUUACGUGAGAAACAAUAUAACAUUAUAUGAGAAACAAUAUAAAAUUAUCUGAGAAACAUAAUCUAAUAUAUUUUCGCAUUGUAUGAAAUUUUUAGCCUCCAUAUUCACGAACGUCGACAAUGUAUCACUUAUCUUCCGUCCCACUCUUAUCUGUGAGAUUAACCGCGGAGUAAGAGUGAAAGGGAAGAUUUUAUUUACAUUCGUGAAUCGGCCCGCCAGAUGUAGGUAAUUUGCAGAUCAUGUUUAUUGAUUUAUACAUUAACAGUCACUAUUUUUUAUUGUUUGCAAGUGUAGUAAAUUGCCAAGGUCUGGGACCAAGUGCGAAAUAUUUUUCAUUUCACAAGAUUGUAACAUGUAAAUUGUUAGUGAGCUACGUUUUUUUGUCCGGAGUGUAAGUAGACCUUUGCACUGUAUACGUUUAACAGGUGUAAAUUGCUUACUUAUCACCAUCACACAGAUUGUGGUCAAACGCACACAUUUAUCCAAAAGGUGAUCGCAUUAUUUGCCCCAUUUUGGCUCAACUUACGUGCCGCGCAAUGAAAAUGGGCGAAAGUUCCGUAGUUCGAAUGAAAACCUCGCAGAUACCCACUGUGAUAGAUAAGUUUAGAAAAUGUUAUUUCUUCAAGCGAAUGUGCGUAAACGCAUAGCGUUGAUCGCUAUAUUUUGAGGGCUGUGUCGCGUUCUGUCAUCAUCGCAAAUGGUCAUCGCUGGAAAAUUGGCGACUUUCGCACAUCGUACUCGUAAUUUUAUAUGCAAAAGUUUGUAAGGUGGUGUGUAUGUGUGUUUGUUUCUCUUUCACGCAAAAUCUACUGAAAGAAUUUAGGUACAGGGGUAGAAUAUAACCUGGACUAUACACAAUAAGUACUUUUAAUCCCGAAGGCUAGGCCGCAGCUAGUUUUCAAUAUUUAUCUUUCGCUCUUGAGUCAUUUUUGCAAUUCCUCACUUUCGCAAUGAGAAAAUGACGAUUUGACACAGUGACAUUCUGCGAAAUGACACAGGGAUGACCAUUUGCGAAAAUUACGAAAUGCGUCGCAAAUCUGCCGAGCGACUGCCGUCGCGCACGUUCAAAGCAUUAUUUAAGUAUUCAAGCAGGUCUUUGUAAGAUAAAAACUAUUGGGUUUUUGAUCAAACGUAACAGACAAGCAAAUUUUGGUGCAUUCUUGCUUUUAUAUACUUAGAAUUAUUUUUAAGUGUAGGUAUAUACGUACAAUAAAUGUAAAAGUGUAAAAAGUUGUAAAAAUGUGUAAGAACUUUUGUGUACUUAUAGCUUGAUGUAGGCGUCUGAGAAAUGAAAUUGGGUUUUUUUAUUACAAUAAUUGCUGUCAGUUUGAUCAAAAACUGAAGUUACACAAUAAUUAUGAUCUAAGAUUGUAUUGUUAAUUCAAUCUAUUUACAUGUGUAAAAUUUUAUUAUUUGUUCAGCCUGGUGCAUUAUUUGGUUUUUAUAUUAUUUAAAUGCCUUAUACAUAAAAUGUAUGUAUGUAAAAUUUAAUUUUUUAUAGAGCAGCUCUACCAAAAAUGCUUCGAAGUAAUUUAGAAUAUAAGGUCUAAAGCACUUUAAGUAUGGCGUCUUAAACCAUAAAAUUUGUUUAAUGCAUUUUCGGUUUGUUAAAAAUAAUGUAUUGAUGAGUUGGCAUUCUAUAUGCAUUUUGGGAGGGAAUAGAAAAUAUUGUCAGUUAUUUUUGACAGGUGUUAAACUGUAAUUAGCAUAAAAGUACAUAAUCUGUAUGUAAAUCUCUCUCAAAUCUCUGCGUGUUCCCGGUUGCAUCAUCGACAGAAGUGUUUCGGGGCCCAGGGUUCACCUUCGGAAUAUAAUCUGCAUGUAAAUGGUAGAUACUAAAAUCAGAAUGAAUUAAGCCCAAUAUAUGUAUAAUAAAUCGGAUGUAUUUGUUAAACCAUCUUUGCAAUGUAAGUCAAGGAAGUGUUCUUACAAAUUCAUUUCAUUAUUCAGCCAUUAUUUUAAGAAAUAUCUGUUGGCAUUGUUGUAAAUAAAGAAAUUACAGUGAACCGUUACAAUUUACGUGGCAAACUUUUGGAAAUUGAAAUAAUCUUUUCUAUAUUGAAUUCUUCAGUAAUUUUAUUUAUAUAUUGUGUUAUUAUAACAUUACUGUUAUUCUAUAUGAUUUUUUAAUGAAUUUUAAACAUUCUUUAUUAUCAAAUCAUGAAUUUUAAUUAUUAAAAUGAAAUGUUACGAUUUUUUUUGUCAAAUCAAUGUUUUCUGUACAAAUAGGUUUAUGAGUUCCAAUUUCAUUAUAAACAUACCGAUAAGUGAGUUUUCUUUUUAAUUAUAAAUAUUCGUACGUCGUGACGCUUUGUGGAACAAGUGUAUUCGAAUUUAAGAAAAUAUAGUAAUGUUAAAACUUCAGAUGUUUAUCUUAGAGAAAUUGUGUAAAGUGUGAUUUAAUUAAGUUGUACAAAUACUAUAUUAUUAUUUCUCUUUUCGGGGCUCCAAUUUUGAAAUCCAAUGUAUUUAAAAUUUUGCUUCUGAAUUGUGUACUUACCCAGUAUUCGGAAUAGUUUAAGAGUGUAGUAGUACUGAAAAAUGUGUCGUUCUAACUGAUGCUAUAGAUAUGAUAGAUAUACAAGGAGAGUGUGGAGGGAAAGGUCGGAGUGGGAAGACCUAGACGUAUCUUGCUUAAGUCAAGGACGUCCUGGCAAAGGGUCAGGUCAAGAGUACCCGAAACCGCCGAGCUUGCAUGAAGAGAGUUAUGAAUGUGGAUGAAGCGAAGGAAGUAUGCAGAGAUCGUGGCAAAUGGAAGGAUGUGGUCUCUGCCUACCCCUCUGGCGUGAUUUUAUGUAUGUAUGUAAAUGAUGCUAAUCACCACCAACAGUCGCCAUAACGUUCUUAUAAUGCAUUUAAAUACUAAUAUUUAAUUACCAGUCUUACCUGGAAAAGCGUGAUUUUUGUAUGUACAUAUUUACAACAUAAAAGAACGUAAGAUGCAAAAUGGCCGUCACAUAAUUCCUAUAGUUUGAAGUACACAUGGCUUAACCCUUAAAUGGAUGAUUUUUUUUUCACGUUUUAAAAAAAUAUAUUUGUGUAAAAGACGUGUCUAGGAAAAAUUAGUAAAAAAAUCUAGACAUGAAUUUACUAUACUUUUUUUGCAAUAAUGUGAGUGUUGUUUAUAAACAACAUUGCGCAUUCAUUGAUGUUUUGCAAGUAUGGAUAAAAAUAAGAGUGGAUAUUGUUUUUGAAAUGUAUUUAUUUAUUCUUCAUUAUGAUAUUUAUAAAAACAAUUGCUUUUUUUCGUAUCACAUAAAGAUACACGACAUUUUUGGCACAUUUUAAAUAUAAAGCCUGAACAUUUCGGGAAUUUGCACCUCUGCUGCUUAUCCAGCCAAACUGCCCAAUGACAUGUCUGAUCUAAUCUGACGUCUUUCAAAGGAAUUGCUUGAGCUGGUCCACGGAACUUCUUCAUUACAAGUUCUCUUUGUAUUGUGCUCCCACUAGGUCGACCACGUUUAGCGCCAUUUGCAGGUAGACCCAAUUUGCAGAGGGUUUCAGCAAGUUCUAGCCUGAAUGGACCCAAAUUGAGAAGUUGAUCAUUUCCUUUCAUAUUAUUUACCUUCUUGAACAUAACCCAUGAAUUUAUAACUGCGAGGUCCAGGAAAUGAUAAAAUAAGCGCAUCGUCCACUUGCGGCUCUUGAUUGUGAUGUGAUAACGACCUAUAAAUGAGUCUAAUAAGUCCACGCCUCCCAUGUGGGCAUUGUACUCCUUGAUUACUUUGGGGCAUAGAAUAGCAACUCUCUCUUUCUUCGAUUUAUCAAAGUGUGUGACUGUGGUUGCUGGUUCUGCUCCUACGUAAGUGGAAAGAAGGUUAACGGGCUUGUUAUCUUUCCACACAACAGCACUUACGUCAAUAUCAUACACAGUCGCCACGUUUUCCUCAUAGAAUCCUCUGGGUACGUUCUUUUUCAUUAUAGUGUUUUUUUCAGGCAAUUUGCAGUUUCUCAAUCGGUUAACUCUUACUGUUCCCAGUGAGAAAAUUCCUUCUGUGAGAAAAUGCUUCCGGUAUCUGAGUUUCUCCCCUAAAAAUAAGGCUGUCUUCAGCAGUAACAAGAUUCCGUUUUCGCCAAACCAGAGGUCGUUUAGAAAUCCCUUGUGAUCUACUCUGGGGUGCUGCUUCUUCGGCUUCCAAAAUAGGAGGGUCUGGCAUAUUUUCAUCGUUGUCGAUGACAAGAGGAGGAUCAGCAUCCACUUUAUCAGACUGGGCAUUCUCACCUUCAUCACUAUUUUCAAGGUCUCGAAGAACAUCUCGAGCUGUUUGAUAAUAGUGACCUUCAGCCUCUACUUCGGAGUCUGACCCGUCUAAGCCGUCUUCUGAAUCUUCAAGAGUUUCUAAAUACUUUGUAAUUUCGCUUUCUAGUAAUCGCGGCAUGCUGAAAAGCAAAAUAAAAAUCCUUCACCAAACAUGCGUUUAUUUAGCAGGCAAUGCGCAUUGUAGUUUUCCUACAACAUACCAUAUUUCGCCUUAUUCAACAGUAGCAUCAAGUUAUUUUCAAUGUUUUACUACAUAAACAUGCAAUUGAAGAUAUAAUCAAGCAAAUAAAGAUAUGUUUUAUACUUACAAUAUAUUUUAUCAAAGUCCGAACACAGCUACAAAAUUUAGUUUCGCGCCACUAGAAAACUUUUCUUCAAAGUGACAUUUGACAUUACCUUUUUUUCAGAUGCAUAAAAAUAUUGGAUAGUGUCAACAUUAAAGAAAGUACAAAAUUCGUUCAGAAAUAAGAACUAGUUGUCAAAAAUAACAAAACAUAAUUAGAAGGUCAAUUUUAUCUGUGAUGUUUAGUAUGUUGUUUAAAAACAACAUUAUCCAUUUAAGGGUUAAUAUUCCGAGUUUGAGUGAGUUUUAUAAAUGCAGUCGUAAAUAUUCAUUCCAGAACGAUCUGAAAAAUUGUGAAACAAUAAUAAUUAUGAAGUGAGCGGGCAGACUUAGAUUCCUAUUAGUCGUAGUAUGCGCACGUGGCCGAGAGGCGCGCGCGCAAACAAUUCCGUUAGGUUUACGAUGGGUGUGCAGACUUCUCAGAAAAUAAAUAUUUUAAUGAAUUUA